CACACUUGUGAUUGUAACUUAUGCAUCAUUAUGCCUUCGUAAGGUAUCACCGCGUCAACCUGCAGCAUUAUCGAAUCUUUUGAUUCCAAUCUACUCAGUGUGCGGUAAGCAGUAAGCUAGACUAGGACUUAUCCCACCACUAAUCCACAUCGACGAAAUUUUUGUCAACGCCAUUCUAUGACGCACUCGAUAGAUCAUGUUGUCCCCAUCGUAACGCUGACAACCAACCUGUACUACUUGUCGCAACCAGCUAUCAAGUGUGGCUGCAUUACCAUCCACUCGAUUCUUGCGACUGUUCAGCUACCGCCAUCAAACUCGAGCUCUAUUCUCCAUCACUUCCCGAGCUUCGAAAAUGACUCUCAGCUUGCAGUCCACAGUGAAACUUCGCGACGGGAACACCAUUCCCAUUAUGGGCUUUGGGACAUACGAAAUGGAAGGCAAGACAUGUUAUAACGCCGUACUAUGGGCUUUGGAGGCUGGAUACAGACACAUAGACUCUGCCGCUUGGUACUACAAUGAACGUGAAUGUGGGGAUGCUAUCCGAGAUUUCCUCGCAAAGCAGAAUCUUCCACGCUCUUCUGUUUUCUUCACAACCAAGCUCCAAAGAAACGUGUCGUACCAAGCGACUCAAUUGGCCAUCGACAAGUCUCUCAAGGCAUGCGGCUUAGACUAUAUUGAUCUUUAUCUUCUCCACGGGCCUAUAGGUGGACCUGAGACGAGACGAGAAUGCUGGCGUGCGGUCUGCGAUGCUAAGAAGGCAGGCAAAGUCAAGAGUAUUGGCGUAAGCAACUUUGGCGUGAGACAUCUGCAAGAGAUGAUCCGCGGAGGAGUAGAGCUUCCUGUCUUGAAUCAGAUUGAAUUGAAUCCCUUCAGCACCCGCGCGGACAUCGUCGAAGUCUGCAGACAGCAUGACAUUGCUCUAGAGGCGUGGGCUCCUCUAGCCCGAGGUCACCGAUUUCGACAUCCCUCUGUUGUCAACCUGGCACGCAAAUAUGGCAAAGAACCUGCGCAAAUCUUAAUUCGAUAUUCUCUGCAGAAGACCUUCAUAACAAUCCCCAAGUCAAAGUCGAAGCCGCGAAUUCAGUCAAACGCUCAAGUAUUUGACUUUGAACUGACUGAAGAGGAAAUGCAUCACUUAGACAGCCUCAAUGAAGAUCUGGUCACUGACUGGGAUCCCACGAAUUGUCCCUAUUGUACAUGAAGCAGGGAUUGGCGGGACAAACAUUACAACACAGGGAGGCUGAAAAGCAUAAGGAAGUACGUGCUUUCACAGGGUCGCGUCAUAUUGUGGGGGUAAAUACGCUACUGGUCUUGGGCCUUGGGCGUGGACAGUAACAAUCUCCACGUUUUCUGAAUGCAGUUGGGACGUGUGUAAAACGGCUGGUGUAAACGCGACCGCUUUGAACGGAAAUAACGCGACGGCGUACUGCGACGAAAUGUGGAGAACAGGUGACUCAGUUCAUGCACGAGUAUGGAGAAGAUGAUCCACUUGCCUGGAGCUGAAAGUUUAAAAUCCGACAGUUGGGCGGUGCAUCCUCAGGGAUUUUGAUUUCGCCAUGCAAACAGCGGCUUGUUUCCUCCGCGGCUGCUCCACUAACAUCUGGUACAAGCCACCAAACAGCGUCCCCAACAAUCUCCGGCUUGGCUUCCCAUGGUCCAACCACUUUAGUUGCAGAACUCAAAAUAGUUGGGGAGAACUCCGCGAGGCGGAGAAGUCGCACCGAGGGUGCAAUUGGAGAGGAUAAAAGAUCCAAGGCUUGGGAAUCAGAGGAAGAUAUGGUCAUAGUGAGGGGUAUCGCUGUUCCGCGGGUAUAACAUAACUGUAUUGAACACAAAGUUAUACAAUGUGCCACACGUCAAU